CAAAGCAGAGUUAAGGGAUGUAAAAAUUUUCCUAGAACAUCUGACGAACCAGGUAAUAUAACCUGAGUGAGACGCCACAACCACCAGUGCUGCCCCAUCGCUCGUCAGCAGAACAGUACACAGCUUCACUAACAGUGUGAAGAUGUCAGCCUCAGUGGUGUCAGGAAGGUGGUCAGGAGGGCUGGUGUUGUCACUGCUGGUGGUGCUGCUAGUGGCUCCCUCACCAGCACCAGCCAAAUCCUUCGACUUCUUGCAGAUUGUGUCUUCACUUGCAGACAAUGUGAUCACUCGGCUGUACAGAGAGGAUGAGAUAGAGCUCCUGGGCCACUACUGCACCAUCAGCAGGACACCCUACUUCUACAAGUGGGAGCUGAACUUCCGCGCCACCAGCAGGUGCCCUGACUGGACCACUGCCCUCGGGAAAGCUGAAGGUUACGUGAACCCUCACAAUGCUGAGACGGAGGCAACCAAGGACCUGGUGAGGAAGCUGGUGGAAAGGGGCUUGGUGACACAAGAGGAGGCUUCACCGUGGCUCUGAGGAUCCACCAGGAGGCUUCAGAGUGGCUCUGAGGAUCCACCAGGAGGCUUCAGAGUGGCUCUGAGGAUCCACCAGGAGGCUUCAGAGUGGCUCUGAGGAUCCACCAGGAGGCUUCAGAGUGGCUCUUAGGACCAGGCGACCUGUCAACUAACUUUACAGUAGCUGUGAAGUCCUGACAACCACGUCCACCACAGACUGUCAACUUCACCUUACCUCUACCUUCGGCACCAAACUUCGGUGGUCUGGUCGGCAACACACUCGCUUCACACACUGAGUGGCCAUGGUUCGAUCCCCGGCAAGGGUGGAAACACUGGGCGGGUUUCUUUACACCUGUUGUGCCCCGUUCACCUAGCAAGCAUAUAUAUAUAGGUACCUGGGUGUUAGUAGACUGGUGUGGGUGGCAUCCUGGGGGACAAGAUGUGAGGACCACAGAGGAAAUAAGACACAGUCCUGGGUGGCUAACACUCCGGGGUUAAAAAUCUGAAUAAGUGUGACUAGUUAAUGGUCCAAGUUGGACCGAAACGUCGUCCUAAGUUUCAGUCUCCUAUGUGCGGGUUAUUUGUGUAUUGUUCCAGUCAAGGUAUUGUGACCUUUAAUUCUUCAGUAUUUAAGUGUUUUUACACUAUGUUGUGCUCACUUACAAGGACGAUACUUCUGUACGUGGCUCGGGAAAUACAAGUACUGACACGGUCCAACAAUGGUUAUCUUUACCAGAGUCAGAACUUGUUUGAAUUUCAAAAAUUUCGUGGACCCCCACAUGCCAGUAACUGAAAUCGUAGACUUUGUUGAGCAAAUACAUGUCAAUUUUUUUAAUGGAUUCGCUGACUUUUAAAGGAUUUGUAUUUUACUUAAGCAAUGACUGGAUUAUGAGGAAAAUCAAGUGCUGGCUAGAGGAGUAAGAUAUAUCACACUCAUGAGAGACAACUACAGACGAUGUAGUGUAUGCAGGUUCGAAUCCUGCUGUGGACUGAGAAAUGUGUGUGAAUAAUUUCGCCUGUUUGCGAAUUGAAAAGCAUUUGAUGAAAUAACUUUGCACAAGCCUGGUGCUCCGGGGGUUGAGGAGUGGCCGUCUAGUACCGGCUAGGCUCCCAUAGUUAUCUGGAGUCUGGUUGUGUGGAUAAAGUACUGUGUACUUUGAUGAAGUUUGUGCAGGUUCGAAUCCUGCCGUGGACUGAGGAAUAAUGAUAGCAACAUAUGUGCAAAUUACCUAGGGUAACACAUGAGGUCCUUGUUAUAUCUUAUUUAAAGCCUAGCUGUAAGAUACGCUAGAAAUCAGUCAUGAUUAUAACCUUAAAAAUCACCACUCAACUCUCUGAAAAUCAUUUACAGUAAAUGGAGGUGCAAUAGGAAUAAUUUAAACCGAGUUAUUUACAGGAACAUUAGACAGAGAGGAUCAGCUUACAAUAAUAGGUGGGUAUCACCUAUUUUUGAUGGUAUUGACAUUGGAAUUUUUUUGGUAAGACCCAUCAAUUGUUUCUAUAAUGUUACCAGAUUCAUGUUAGUGUUUAACAAUGUAUUUCUCUCAAUGUCUUAUCUGAUAUAAUCUUUGAAUCAUUUUUUUAAGUUAUUAUUGUAUUCUGAAGAUCAUGUUCGUCUUAGAUAUUUUCUCCGAUUCUCUUAUUAAACUUAAACAUGCUUUAAGAUAUGAUUUUGUUCGGAUUUCUAACCCUGGAGGGUUAGCCACACAGUAUAACCCAAGAAAGUCAGUGCGUCAUCGAGGACUGUCUGUCUUAUUUCCAUUGUGGUCCAUUAAUCUUGUCUCCCAGGAUGCGACCCACACCAGUCAACUAACAAUCAGGUACCUGCUUAUUGUUAGGUACUGUAUGUACACUGUACCAACCACUGUAUGUACACUGUACCAACCACUGUAUGUACACUGUACCAACCACUAUGUGCACUGUACCAACCACUGUAUGUACACUGUACCAACCACUGUAUGUACACUGUACCAACCACUGUAUGUACACUGUACCAACCACUGUAUGUACACUGUACCAACCACUGUAUGUACACUGUACCAACCACUGUAUGUACACUGUACCAACCACUGUAUGUACACUGUACCAACCACUGUGUGUGUACUGUACCAACCACUGUAUGUACACUGUACCAACCACUGUAUGUACACUGUACCAACCACUGUAUGUACACUGUAUGUACACUGUACCAACCACUGUAUGUACACUGUAUGUACACUGUACCAACCACUGUAUGUACACUGUAUGUACACUGUACCAACCACUAUGUGCACUGUACCAACCACUGUAUGUACACUGUAUGUACACUGUACCAACCACUAUGUGCACUGUACCAACCACUGUACCAACCACUGUAUGUACACUGUACCAACCACUGUAUGUACACUGUACCAACCACUGUAUGUACACUGUACCAACCACUGUAUGUACACUGUACCAACCACUGUAUGUGCACUGUACCAACCACUGUAUGUGCACUGUACCAACCACUGUCUCAGUAGUAGUACCAGUUACCAGUAACCAGUGUACCAGUGUGUUCACAUUCUCUCCGAAUUCUGAGAGUUAACAGUCUAGAUUUGAGUGCACCGAAUCUGCCUUUCUGUUAAACACUUCUUUCUUUGUAUAUAUUCCUUCCUCAGAAUCCGUAGAUCACAUGAAUACAGAUCGAUCGAUCAAAAAAUUUUUUUUAUCACUUCUAUUGUAAUCUCAACGUUGAGUUUCAUUCGAUGAGUUUCAUUCGUUGAGUUUCAUUCGAUGAGUUUCAUUCGUUGAGUUUCAUUCGUUGAGUUUCAUUCGAUGAGUUGUGUUAUAUUAUAUCUUGUAUUGCAUUACAGUUUCAGUUAUGUAAGCUUCCAUUCCAAUGUUCUACUUAUGUAUGUUAUAAUGUUCAAUUGUUGUGUACUUUGACAUUGUAUAGAAUCAGCCCAAGCCAUACACCUGCCAUCUCUAGUUUGUAUUAGUUGUAUGUCGGGACGACAUACGUUAGCGUCGCCGAGCUCUCAGUAGUAGUACCAGUUACCAGUAACCAGUGUACCAGUAGAUGACUCACUACCAACCGUCUCUGCGUGAAUCAUUGACUGUAUUCAUAUUGCUGCUGACCACAGCAGUAUUUCAAACACCCCCUCACAUAUGGGUACUGUGGUUAGUCAGUCUUACGAGUGAGUGCAAGGAGGCAGGUCACGGCUGUUUAGCGCUUCCCACACUAUCCGUAAUAUACGUACUACCAGCCUAC